AUGGAUGACCUGGAUUCGUCCAAGCGCGCGGUUGAUUUAAUGGUUAUUGAGGAUGCCUUGAAGACGACAGCGCGGUUGAAGAACGGGGCCGUGAAUCGAGACGCUGUGGAUGACAAUCUUCUGCUGGCCAAGAACCGUGUGUUCCUCACCAGUUGCACAUGCCGGAUCUUGAACGACCACAUCGAUGUAGCAAGAUGCGCGAUUGUUUCAAUGAAUCAGACACUAUGUGGACCGAUGGUCUUCAGGCUCGCGCGGUCUGCUGCUGUUCAACUUGGCCUCCUGAGACCGAUAAAGAUCUUGCAGUACGAUAUGGAGGCCAACUGCAGUAGCAAAACAUCAAAGUCGCUCCAGCGAGCUUCCGCUAUACUUGAUUGCAUGCAGACUUACUCGCUCAACAGCGUCUAUGCCUUCGUCCCCACACAAGCGGCGUCCGCUCACUUAGUGAAGGAGCUGGAAAAGGUAUGCGCCCCUCGUGAGCGACCGCUGAAGGGAUUUCGUGUGGAAGGAUGCCUAGAUGGGUCGUGGAGGACACUUGACAACGUCCGGGCUCGAUUUCGUUAUACCGAGUCUUUUCUUUCUGGUGAUCCUUCCGUGGUGAGCAGC